UCAGCCUUUUUUGCGGGUUAAAGCAGAUGAUACUAUUUGUCAAAUCGGUGCGACGCACUUCGCAUCUGCAACCUCUGAUUAGGUACCUACCUACCUACAUACCUGGUAGUAGGCAUCCAACUAUUAUCCACUAUCACCGACUGACCUCCAUUACUCGUCGCCCAACAUCAAAUCAACAAUACUCUUCGUCGGACACUUCAAAUAAAAAGAAUAAAAUAAAUUAUCAUAUCUUCCGCUCACUUCAAGUACGAUAUCCUGUUGAUACCCCUCCUUGGUAUCUUUCUCAGUCGUCGGCCGGCGUGCAUUUAUCAGUCCAUCUCAACCACAAUCUGAUAAUUAAUUUCGAAGUCCUUCCAAACCGGACUUCGUCAUCCCGAACUUCACACUGGACGACAACAUGGGUGUCAUCCGCAAGAAGACGGCCACCAGGGGUGGUGAGAGUGGUGUUAAAUAUGUUUGCGAUGUUUGCUCGGCAGACAUCACCUCUACAGUCCGAAUAAGAUGCGCUCACAGCGCAUGUAACGAGUACGACCUCUGUGUCCAGUGCUUCUCCAUGGGCGCCGCGAGUGGCUCUCAUCAACCAGCUACCCAUCCUUACAAGGUCAUCGAACAGAACUCAUUCCCUAUUUUCGACAAAGACUGGGGUGCAGACGAAGAGCUGCUGCUUCUCGAAGGUUGCGAGACUUACGGACUUGGAUCAUGGGCCGAUAUUGCAGAUCACAUUGGCGGCUACCGUCACAAAGAUGAGGUUAGGGACCAUUAUCUCAAGGUAUACGUUGACUCGCCAUGUUUCCCGCUUCCGGAACGCUGCAAACCAUCAGACAUGGAACUAGCGCAAGAUAUAUCCCGCGAAGAAUUCCAGGCGCGCAAGAAGCGACGCAUCGAAGAUCGCAGGGAGGCUCAGAAGAAUGCACCCCCGAUGCCGCCCAAGACGAAGCCCACGGCCAGUGUGCCUUCCUGUCACGAGAUUCAAGGCUAUAUGCCCGGCAGACUCGAGUUUGAGACUGAGUAUGCUAACGAGGCCGAAGAGGCAGUCCAACUGAUGCAAUUCGACCCUGGUGACGGUAUCAAUCCCCAUACAGGAAACCUAGAACCGGAAAUGGAGCUCAAACUCACGGUCAUGGACAUCUACAACUGCCGAUUAACCCAACGCGUGGAACGAAAGAAAGUGAUUUUCGAGCACAAUCUGCUAGAAUAUAGGGAAAAUAGCAAGCAGGAGAAGAAGAGAACCAAGGAAGAACGAGACCUUUUGAGCAAAGCCAAGCCUUUUGCGCGCAUGAUGAACCAUGAUGACUUUGAGGCGUUCUGCCAAGGUUUGGUUGACGAGUUGAAUCUUCGGCAGGCCAUUGCCCAGCUGCAGGAAUGGAGGAACAUGAAGAUUGGUGAUCUUCGUAGCGGGGAAAAGUACGAACAGGAGAAAAGUCAACGCAUCCAGAAGGCUAUACCGAUGGGUUCGAUGGAUCGCGAACGACUAGCUUCGGCGCAACGAUCUAAGCAAAGCAUUCAACCGGAACCACCCAGUGGAGCCGCUCUGCUCGUAGCGCCCGAGCUCCCAUUCAGGCCUGCUACAGCUGGGACGAUAUCUCAAGACGCCCCAGAUGCAUCAACAAACGGCGAGCCCAAGCCGCUCGCAAAUGGGCACAUGAACGGAGUUCCUAACGGAGUUACGACCAACGGGACACUUGCAUCGGGGAAGCAGAAGUUCAUCUCGCAGCCUAUUUCGGGCGUACAGCCACUAGCACUGACCCAAGACAACGCCCCAGACUUACAUCUACUUACACCGGAGGAAGUAGAACUAUGUAAGGUUUGUCGACUACAACCGAAGCCGUAUUUGAUGAUAAAAGAACAGGUAUUCAAGGAAGGUCUAAAAGGCAACGGAGCCUUAAAGAAAAAGCAAGUGAAGGAGAUUUCUCGGCUAGACUCUCAGAAGGGGAGCAGGAUAUUCGAUUUCUUUAUCAACUCGGGUUGGAUUGCUAAAGCUUAAGCUUUUCCGGCAGCAAGUGUAGGAAUACUAUCAGAUGCUACCGGCCCAGCAUCCUAUAAUAAUUUGGUGGGGCUUUCCCUGCGAGCAUGUUGGAGUAAGGGGUGUAUAUCCUCCAACCCUGCCAAAAAUAAAGACAGAAGGGGGAGGGGGUGCAAGUUGGCUGAUGACAUAUGCAGCACAUUCAUCGCUUCAGCCAGGCAGGUUCUACUCCGUAGAGCUUGAACUACGGUAGAAUCCGUGAUUAAUACAACGGCCUGGUCCUUUGCAUUCAUAUGGGCGAUGAUUUCAGUUAGACAAGCUCUUGCAGCACGAGUCACCCGAAUAAUGUAAUACAACGUACCAUACGUUAGGUACCUUAGGUAGUUAAUGAUGUGUAUUUUAACUGCGACCAAAGAGCAAAAGAGCAGGAAUAAGUGCAUGACAUGAUAGUAGCUUAUGCAAGGUUACAAGUCCCUUCGCCAUGUCUCAAUACAGUUUUCUUUUAUAAGACAACUCUCG